CAGCCAGCCACGAAGUUGUCCUGUCGUGUACGUAGUCCCGCCUUCAGUUGAAACUUUCGCGGGAUCUGCUGAGAGACGUUCGUUUGUCUCUCAUCAUAAGUCAGAGGGGCGGAAAGUGUCGCUUGUCAAGUAAGAUUGCCGGUUGAACCACCUUCUGCUAUUCAAAUGUACACAAAACGAGCAAACAUUUAAGUGACGUAAGGCGUUUCACUUUUUGACCCAGUUGAGUUUGAGGAAGUCUAGGAACGGCUACAUUUAUUUUUACAGUAUUUUAUCUCUUGUCCGCUUUUAUACGGACGGACACUAACCAUGUCCGGGCGUGUUCCGCGUACACACACAAGAAGUCGAUAAGAAAGCGCGAUCACAUCAAGUGUAGUAAAGGGUCUUGAAUGGAGAAAAGCAGCGAGGAAGAGAACAGCAACGAUGACGACGGAGAUAAAGCUGCUGGUUGUAGAUUGGAAGAUGAGCAUUUAGCAGUGACACCUACGUCCAGAUAUGGAGAUACAGACUCUUCUGAGAUUUUAAGGAAGGACUCGGAUCGUGUCUACAAUGAGCAGCUGCAUUCAGAGAGGAGAGCCGGAGUUCAGAGACAUCGUGAUGAGGGAGAUGCUGUCUCAGUGUCAGAUUCCUGUUUCAUGGACACCUGCAAUCCUUCCAUAUCCAGUCUUUCGUCGUCGUCCUUCUCCUCUGUGCUAUGUCUCACACCACCCUUACCUCCCUCUGUGGAGCUUUCAGCCGUGUUGACUGAUACCAGGCUGACACUGGAUGUCUAUCUGGGGGGAGCAGCUGCAUUGGCGCUGCUAUGGGGUUCCAUUCCAGGGCACCUCAAGGGGCUCCGGUACCUGAGACUUGGUUCUGAGGAUAAACCUGCACUGGAGGGUGCCCUGUGUGUCCUCCCCCAUUUGACAGAACUACACUCACUUGCCAUACGAGGGCGCUGCGUUUAUGAUGCACAAGGAAACCCCUUGCCUGGCCUCCUCACCACUUUGCCCAAUUCCCUCAACUCACUCUGUCUUUUGGUGCACGUGGAUCUUUCCUUCAACCAGCUCUCCGUCCUUCCAUCGUGUCUUCUCAGCUUACCUUCGUUGUCCGCCUUGCUCCUGUGUCACAACUGCUUCUCGGAGCUGCCCCCUAAUAUAGGCCAGUUGUCCAGCCUCACCUAUCUCUCCCUCAUUGGAAAUAAGCUAGUUUCUCUGCCUGCGAGUUUAGGCCAGCUAAAAGAGCUACAGACACUGGAUGUUUCAGAUAACCUCCUUGAGGAGCUGCCGAAUGAAAUUGGUUCUCUGGGAGAGCUGAAAAAGCUCGAAUUGUCCCACAACAAGUUGAAGAGACUACCAGAGACCAUGGGCUCUCUCCGUUCCCUGAGGGAGCUUUUCAUCUUCAGCAAUGAACUCCACUUCAUCCCACCUUGCCUUAAUGAUUUGCCGUUGUUGAAAAUAGAUGUUCGUGAUAAUCCUUUGGGGCAACCGCCGACUCCUCCACCCCUCCCCCUUGCAACUGAUGAAGCAGAACCAAAUAUUCCUGAGUUGCAUCUGCUAUUCAACCAGCACAGAUUUAGUGUUACGUCUGCUGGAUGUCAUGUGUUUCUCCCAGGGGGGACGCAGCUGCUGUUCCCCCCGGGGUGCCUGCAGUCACCAACAAUCUUGGAGUGGGCAGAGAGGAGACCUCAGCGAAAGUGGGUGUUGCUCGAGGAGCAUGACAUUCUCCUCAGUCGCCCACUGGAACUUCGUCCUCAUGGCAUUACAUUUCUUAAGCCAGUCGAGGUAUGUAUGGCACAUCACCGCAAAAAAUGGAAGGAGGCGGUGGUACGGAAGUAUGAUGGAACUUCAUGGAACACUUUACCUACUUCUGUCAGAAAAGGACGUGAGAAGCACAGCAUUCACUUCUUGGGGCGUCCAACCAGGCUGGCCUGCUGUUCCGUGAGCCAGUUUUCAUGGUUUAUUGUGGUCGCCCGUCCAGUGAGAGACAGCUGCUCAGUUUCACCAGCAGGAGCCUUUCUAGUGUCCAGCGCUGACCCUAGAGUCAAGCUUAUCUUCCCUCCAGACUCCACCAGUCAAACUCGCACUAUAACUUUACAGGUGCUCCAGGUGUCAGUGUCAGAGGUUCAGGCGCUGUGUGCUGAUCCACAAGCGAGUGUCAGUCCUCUCCUCUGUCUCUCACAAACUCCCAGCAUGCAUUUCCUACAGCCAGUCAAAGUUCAAGUCCCUCUGCCACCAGGGGUUACAGGUCACACUGUUGAUAAGUCGUGUUUGUAUCUGCUGCAUGGAGACCCCACUGCCCAAACCUGGACAGACAUCACCUCACAAGUGUCUCUCUAUGUCACCCACUUGUAUGCCAUUUUCUACAUCACACAUUUCUCCUGGUACUGGCUGUGGUACAAGACUCAGAGUUGUGUUAGUGGCAUGGUAAGAAAGGUCUACCAAAGGCUGAAGCAGUUUAAAGUCCAGUUCAUGGUUCUCCAGCGGAAAACGGACCCUUCUCAAGUCCUGCUGCAGUGUUUACCAGCUAACAAGGUGGAAGACAGAGUGCAGUCACUGUCAGAGCAGUACGAUGGACCCCAGCCUUCAGAUCUAUGUGACCUUCUGGAAGGAGAACAGUUCUUUGCCGGCUUUGAGAGAGGCUUGGAUAUCUGCACAGACAGACCAGACUGUGUCGGGGGAAGACUGUGUUUUGUGUUUUACUCCAACCUGAAGAAUCUGAAGGAAGUUUACAUCUCUCCUGCAAAGGGCCUCCGGGCUCCAGUGAGAGGAGAAGUCUCUUUUUACAGAGGGGACAUUCCCAGUGGUUUGCCAGAGGAAGUAGUGAGGAAGAGAAAAGGACAUGACAGCCAAUGGCUUGCAACUUUACCACUAAGACUUCCUGCAUUAGAUGCUGACAACAAGUACAUACCGGAAGAGCUCCAGCUUCCUCCCCUGAACCUCGGAGACCCUGAGAGUGGCUACCUGACAGAAGCCAAUCUGCUGUCCAUCUCUCUCCAGAUUGGACAGGAUUGGCGCGUUAUUGGCAUCAAUCUCGGUUUAAGCUACCAGGAGUUAGACCGCAUCCAAUACAAAUACAGGGACAAUCUUGGAGCUCUGGUGCUGGACAUGCUCUUCCACUGGGCCCAAGGACAGAAAAGCGCCGGGCCUGGGGCGGUGUCACGAUUGACGGCCGCCAUGAUUGAAAGUGGCAGGAGGGACCUUGCAGAUGAGCUGGAAGACAUAGUCAGUCUGGGAAAGCAAAAAUACACGGAGUCACUGAGGAGAGUAGGCCUGGAGGCGGAGGGACAGCCCCUCUGUGAAAGCCACCAGUAGAGAAUUCCUCACUGGGUGCAGGUGGCGUUCCUCUUUGUUCGUCCUACUUUACAAAACCAUAGUAUGCACAGAAUGUAUACUACCUGCUGGUUACAUCCUUUUUAUCUAACGCUACAACAGUCUACUUAAAAAAGAAAUGCAUUAACUGAAAGACGUUUCAAUUAUGUCAUCGAACCUUUGAAUUUGACUGGCCCGUAUUGAACCCCAUAGGUUUCAAUUAGACCUGUCAGGAUAAGAUUAAGCAGCUGAGCAAACACUAACAGCUGUUGAGGUUUUCACAGCUUUGACUCGCGUACAGAGCAUGAACUUGUCACGAAAAUCUCUUCAGCUGUCUGCUGCUUACGCAACAGACUGCUAGUUUUGAAAUUAUGAAUUUCCAUCGUUUUCAUUGUGUGAAUGAGCACUGCUAUUGUAAAAAUAUUAAUUAAAUGUCACAUCCCGUUUAGUUGGCAGGGGCUGACUUUUUCUCCCAUUAAUCACAUGAGGGUAACUUUCACAUUACUCCGCUAGCUACUGUGUGCUUUUAUUUUGCUUAUUUCAUAAUCGACACACACCUCUAAUGUAGCAUAACCAUACUUAGUCCAUAUUUAAUUGUAUAUGCUUUCCCUGUAGUUUUGUACAGUAUGUGUUUUUUCAUUGUGUUUAUUUUUGUCAUUUUUUUAAAAUGUCAGCAGUUGGUGUAAAUCAAUUAUAUCAAGCUUGCAUUGAGUAUGUAUCCUGUUUGUGCGUUUACACUGAACUCACAUUGGCAGGGAAUGGAUACAUCUCGUAUUUUUAUCCACACUUGGAAGAGGACCUAUUCUAAUCUGAGAAUAUCAGAUUCCAAUUGAUUCAAUUUGUUUGUCUUUUUACACUGCAAUGAAUGAUAUAUAAAUCAGACAUGUGUGAUGUGGUGUAUGAUGGCUCGUUAAAAACAUUUCUCAGCAUUCAUAUUGUGUUUCUUUGUAAAACGACUUUGUGUGCAGUUUUGAUUUCAAUGAUUUAAUUUUUUUAAAUCAGAGCGGCAUUCACCUACCGCAAGGCCACAGCCCUACCCGUGUGUUUGCAUAUUAGAGCUAAAUAUAUUUUAAAUCUUGA